AGAGACGCGUGAGAGUGGGAGGGGCACCAGAUCGGAGUUAUCAAUCAUGCAUGAUAACCAAAACAAAACGUGUGGGAAAUUAACGUAGCAUUUCACAGUUUUCGCUGGUCCUGUUGAUGUUAAAUUUUGCACACUCUAGAGAAGAAUUUUUUUUUAAAAAAUAGCAUCCGCAAUCAUGAUCCGCUGAUAGAAAAUUUUAUGUCAAUGAUGUCUCGAAUUUCCUCAGUCGUUUUGAACUUAAGCCUAUCGAAUAACGGGGCAACCACGCAAUCGUGAUUCAUUGCCCGUGUUUGUGUAUUGCAGCUGGAUUUAUCGACAAUGGCCAGAAUUUUGAACGACCUGCCAAGAUGGAUAGUAAUUACUGUUUGGUUGAUUGCCAAUUUAGCAUACUUUGUUGUCACAUACUUCCGGUUCCUGCAGAUUGACUAUGACUACACCAAUCUCAUACUUGGGCCUGCCCUGCCGUGGGCCCGAGCCAGUGCAGCCUGUCUCAAUCUCAACUGUAUGCUCAUACUGCUCCCAGUGUGCAGGAAUCUACUGUCAGCCAUUAGAGGAUCCUUCCAGAGAUGCUGUAAUAGAAACAUUCGUCGUCAGCUGGAUAAACACAUCACAUUUCAUCGAUAUAUAGCCUACAUGAUUUGUAUUCACACAGCAAUACAUUUGGGAGCACAUAUAUUUAAUGUGGAGCGAUACAGAGAAGCCUAUAACAGUAGGGAUGCAGCCAAUCGAGAAUUAUUAGCCAAGCUAAGCUCAUAUCGGGACAAUCCAAGUGUUGGCACAACAUAUCUCAACUUUAUUGAUUCAGCUAACUCGGAUGCUGUGAAGGAGGCUUUAAAAACACUGUCUGGUGUAUCGGGUGUUGUCAUCACACUCAUUCUCAUAGUCAUGGUCUCUUCAGCAACUGAACUCAUCAGACGUUCUUACUUUGAGAUUUUCUGGUUUACUCAUCACCUUUUCAUCAUCUUUUUCAUCGGCGUCAUCGUACAUGGCUUCCAAGGAAUAGUGCGAAGACAGAGCAAUGUAGCUGAACACAACCCCCAGCAGUGUAUGAAUUCCUCACGUACCUGGGGGACGCCAGGGGGGUGUACUAACCCCCAGUUUGUUGGUCUGGAGCCCAAUGCCUGGAAGUGGGUUUUGGGGCCACUGGUGAUUUAUUUCAUAGAAAGAGUAGUCAGAUUCUGGAGAAGUACCCAGAAAGUAGUGAUUUCCAAGGUGGUGCAUCAUCCAUCCAAAGUGUAUGAGCUGCAGAUGAAGAAGAAGGGGUUUAAGAUGGGCCCCGGGCAGUACAUAUUCCUGCAUUGUCCCAGCAUCUCUAGUCUGGAGUGGCAUCCCUUCACUCUCACCUCGGCCCCGGAGGAUGACUUUUUCUCUGUCCACAUCCGGCGAGCAGGUGAUUGGACGGACGCUUUAGCAAAGGCUUGUUAUGUUGAUGAAGGAGAGUUCCAAUCUUCACGUAAAAUGCCAAGAUUAGCUGUGGAUGGUCCAUUUGGAACAGCUACGGAGGACAUCUUCUGGUACGAGGUGGAUGUGUUUGUGGCGGGGGGAAUCGGAGUCACUCCCUUUGCCUCCAUUCUGAGACAUAUCUGGCACAAACACAAAGAGUCCCAGGCAGACAUGAAGCUCAGGAAGGUGUAUUUUUACUGGGUAUGUCCGGACACAAACUCGUUUGAGUGGAUUAAUGAUCUCCUGAAGAACUUUGAUGAGCAGAUGGCUGAAGAUGGACACAGCGAGUUCCUCAGUUACUUCAUUUACCUGACCAGGGGCUGGGACAAAAACCAAGCCCAAAAUAUCAUUCUCCAUGAACAUGAAGAUGUAGAUCCGGUGACAGGGCUGGCCCAAAAGACGCACUAUGGACGACCCAACUGGGACAAAAUAUUCCAGGACCUUUCUAAAAAUCACCCAAGCACCAGCAUCGGGGUGUUUUUCUGUGGACCAGGUGCUCUCUCAAUGACACUGCACAAAAUGUGCAACAAGCACUCCAAUGUGGGCGGGACCAAGUUCUUCUACAACAAAGAAAACUUCUGAUCCAUCACUGUUCUACAAAUUCCUCUUGUUGACUUUUAUAGCAUAUUCUAUUUUUAUACCAAAGAAGUCUACCUACGAGCAGCAGAUGAAAACUUUUAUGUGAUUUUCCUUUUUAUGUCCCUCUUAAACUUGAGAAGAUUAGACUUGCUAGUCUGGAUUCACAUCUCCUCAUGAAUAUCAUGCUUUAUCACAUAUCAGUACGUCUCAAUUCAGUCAUGGUGCACACGUGCAAUGAUUUGAUAUUUUAAGUUUUGUAUUGUAGUACUUAGUAUGUCUCUUUUAAAGAUUAUUUCCUUUCUAGCUCAAACUGCUGAAAUCCAAAUGAUGUUCGCUACAUUGUAUUUUUAUCAUGUUUGAUAUUUCUUGUUUCAUAUAUAUAUUAUUACUACAGUAACUUGAUCCGAAGAGUCGGAUCAUGUCGAGUUGACAGGCGCAGAUCAUCAGAUCACACGAGACGCGAAGCAUCGAGUUUGAUCUGAUGAUCCGUGCCUGUCAACGAGACGUGAUCCAACUCUUCGGAUCAAGUUACUGUAGUAAUGAUAAAUUUAUUAUAUACCCCCUUCUGCAUUUUAAAUCCACAUUUAUAAUAUAAUAAAUGUAAUCCAAAUUAUCAAAAACACAAACUUACCAUGAAAUUAUGUUUUGUGUACGCAGUUUUGUUUUGUGACGCGGUCAAUAUUUUCCACAGGUAACGUUGCGUUGAUGCAUUGUGACGUCAUUGUGACUGCAUCAGUUUCAGAGGAUACUGAUACGGAAUCAGAAAACCACAGUGUGGUGAUCCGGUUUUCCGGAUCACACGCUGUAAAAUCCACAGUAUCAAAGAACGAUACAUUGGUGGGUAUAUGAUUAAUAAACAUACCAUAACAAAAUAACUUCAAUUUCCAACAGUCUUGUGAGGUCAAAGGUCAUAAUGCUAGAUACUUGUUCAAAGUAGGGACAUUGAUCAGAUAAAAACCUGUUGACCAGGGCUGAACAAGAAUCUUUCAGUAGAUUCGAAAGGAAGGCUAGCUCAUUAUUUUUGCAAUAAAAAUAUAAAGCCACAUAAUUAGCUAGGCCUAGUUAAGGUGUUCCAUUCAAAAUCCAUUCUUGUUCAAAACAUUGAUUGAGCUCUCUCUCUCUCUCUCUCUCUCUCUCUCUCUCUCUCUCUCUCUCUCUUUGACUUCUCAAACUUACAAGCUCUUUCAGAAUGAUGACAACAGAAGUCCUUGGUUAAGAAUGAUGAAAAAUCGUAAACUAGAUUCUACGCAAGUUCAACAGAAGAGUCAGGGUCACUAUGUUGUUAUGGUGUAUAGUGAGUGUCAGAUUUUAAAAUGACCUGUUCAUCUCAAGUGCAUAUACUGAUACAAAAAAUUAAAAAAUAUUUUUGUAACUUCACCUGGCUCUGACGCAGGGUGAUAAAUUAUCAAAUACUGAAAAGUCAUUUUGGCUUCAUAGGAUUUAAUCAUGUGUCCAGAGAAGUCUUAUAAUGGUUAUAUUACUUCUCAAGUGUACUUUUUGGUAGUGGACUAUAUUCUAUUGUCAUACAAUUUGUAUUUUGUUCAAUGUUAACAGAAAAUGAAAACCAUAACCCAAAGCUUUGAAAUGUUUUCAAUUAUGUUUAUUCGGAAUAAUUACCCAUUAUUUUGGUGUACUUGAUAUUUGUAAUACAUGUGCACUCAUUUUCUGUGUGUGAAAGUGAAAAGGAUUUUUCUGUUUCGCCAAGCUUUUUCUUUCUUGUGCAAGUAUACAUUAUUUAUAAGGUACUGAUACAUAAUCCUCUGUGUAUGUGUACUGUGUCUAUCAUACGUGUGAUGUAUUGAAUGAGAGAGAAGACUGUUAGAGGAAAUCUCCAUCAUUAUUAUUUAUCAUUUUACUUAUGAUUACAUGUUUUAUAAACAAAUUUUUGUAUAUAUUUCUGCUUCAUAGGCAGACAAGAUUACCAAAUGAGAUUAUGUGUGUACAUAUAGAUUCAUAUUAAACAUAUUUAUUAAA